GUGAACCCCACGCCUCAGGGUACACGAGCACUGCUGAAAAUGAUGUACUGCCCACACUGCCGAGGUCUGGUGUCGGUGAAGCCCUGUUACAACUACUGCUUUAAUGUUAUGAGAGGCUGCUUGGCCAACCAAGGGGACUUGGACGCUGAGUGGAAUAUCUUUAUAGAUUCAAUGCUGCUGGUAGCAGAGAGGCUGGAGGGUCCCUUCAACAUUGAGUCUGUCAUGGACCCCAUUGACGUGAAGAUUUCAGAUGCAAUCAUGAACAUGCAGGAGAACAGCAUGCAAGUGUCUCAGAAGGUUUUCCAGGGAUGUGGCCAACCAAAAACACUUGCCCAGGGCCGGACUGCUCGCUCUGUCUCUGAAAGUGGUUUCAGUGCUCGUUUCAGACCCUACAACCCAGAGGAAAGGCCAACUACUGCAGCUGGCACGAGCCUGGACAGACUGGUUACUGAUGUGAAAGAGAAGCUGAAGCAAGCCAAAAAAUUUUGGUCAUCUCUCCCUGGCAACAUUUGCAAUGAUGAAAAGAUGUCUGUAGGCACUGUCAAUGAGAAUGAGUGCUGGAACGGGAGCGCCAAGAGCAGGUUUGGCAAUGCUGUGGCCCCUGUGACUGGAAAUGGCUUAGCAAGUCAAGUGAAUAACCCAGAGGUGGAAGUUGAUAUUACCAAGCCAGACAUGGUGAUUCGCCGGCAAAUCAUGGCCCUGCGGGUGAUGACCAACAAACUGAAGAAUGCGUACAGUGGGAAUGAUGUGGACUUCAUUGACAUAAGUGAGGAGAGCAGCGGGGAGGAGAGCGGCAGCGGCUGUGAGCUCCAGCAGUGCUCCCCAGAGUUCGAGUUCAACGCCACUGAGGUCGCUGUGAACUCCAACAAGAGCGAUAAGAACGUGAACACUUCUGCCGCUACCAGGAGCAGUCUAUCACAAGCAGCCUUGCUCCUUAGCAUUUUGUUCUUGGCCAUGCAAAGACAAUGGAGAUAAUUGUGCAGCAUAGAGGGGGGGGAAAGACUUUUAUUAUCAAAGGUAGAAGGCACCUGCUUUCACUUUUAUACCAUCUAGAGACUUCGCUUUUUAAGUUAAUGGACAACAGUGUACAGUUUUUACUAUGUUGCCACUGGUUUUAAGAUACUGAUUUUUUUUUUCCCUUGCUAUUCUGGGAAUAACAGGAGCAGGGACUACCAGUUUAUCCCGUUCACCAAGAGUCCAUGUUAGAGGUGGAUAACAAAAAUGUAUAUACAAGCCUGUAGUUAGCUCUGCAUUUGUGUCUUUAUCACUUCUUUUUUUUUUUUCUUUUACUGUAUUUCUUAUGAAAACAAAACCCCAGGGUCUUCUCUUGGCCUGUAACAAGUAUGUGUUUCUGAAAUGAGAAAUAUCUGUACAGAAGCAGGUUUUAUUUAUCAUGUUAUCUUAUGGGGGAAAAAAUAAUUGCCCAACAAGCAGAAAAUGUUUCAUGUAGUUAAAUUCCCAUUUAUCCACAUUAUGUUAGUUGCCUUAUCUGGAGAGAAGUGGAAGUCAUUUGUUUUUAUUAUGUGGUAAAACAGAAGGUGAAGGC